AUGGGGGACCAGAACAGGCAGGGCCCCUGCCCUACCGGAGCUUACAUUCCAGUGGGCAAGACAAGCGAUAAACAAGAAGAGAACCAAGAUCGCAUCCCAGACACAGCCCUCCGCCUAAUGAAAUCAGACAAGCAGCCCGAGCGGCACAGCAGCACGGCGGCCAGCGACCCCCGGGCUCCAGAGGAGCAAGAGACGCGCGCGGCUGGAGCGAGGGCGCGCGGCUCCCAGGCAGAGGCCCUGCGCUGCCCGCCGGCGGGGGCGCCACGGGCGGGGGCGCCACGGGCGGGGGCGCCACGGGCGGGGGCGCCACGGGCGGGGGCGCCACGGGCGGGCGGGCCUGGGCCCCGCCGUCCCGACGCACGGAGGGCCCCUGCGCCUGAGCCCAUUUCCGCAGCUCCCCAGCCGACGGCCGCGCGGGUCGGAAGGGCCCGCGGGGGCGCCGGCUCGGGCGGGGGCCGCCACGAAGCCGGGAGCCGCGUCGCGAGUGCGGGGUCCCCGACUUUCCGGGCCGCUCCCCAGUCUUCAGGCGGCGCCCGUGUGCCGUGCGGAUGCCGAACGCUCGGGGGACCGUCACUCUCCAGAACGCUCCGCGCCCUCCCCGCAGAAGCGCGGCAAAACUUUUGGCAGAAACCACCUGUGGCUGCCGACAGGCCCGGCCCGGCCCGGAGGCGCCGCCGCGCCCGGGGCCGCACGCGCCCGCACAAGUUCCCCGCCACCCCGCGCGCCACUUCGCUCCGGGCCGCGGGGCCAGCCAGGAGGCGCGGCGCCCGCUCGCUGGCUCGCUCGCGCUCCGCCGCUCUCCCCUCCUCCGUCCCCUCCCCCGCCGCCUGCCCCGGUGGCUGCCGCUCCGAGCCCCUGAAGAGCCAGCGCAGCCCCCGGCCUCCUGCCCGCCGCGCCGCGCCCGACAGCCCCGAGACGGCGCUCCGGCUGCGGCGGAGCGGAGCCACCCUGCCCCGGGAGCCCCGGGAGCCCCGCGACCCCCGCGACCCGUGCCCCGCCCCGCCCCGGCCGCCGAGGUGCGGCGGACACCGUGACCCCCACCGCCGGCGCCCGAGCGCGGCGCGCGAAGCCACUCACCCCUGCGCGCCGCCGGCCCCGCGCGCCUCCCGCACUGGGCGCCGGGCCGCGGUCCUCGCGUCCUCGGGAUUUAAAGGGACAGCCCCGGCCGAGGCGAGGGGCCCGGCGGCCGCCGUCUCCCCGGUCUCCAGACGCCCUCUGCGGCCGGCCGGACCCGCCCGCGCCCGGAGCACCGGCUCCCGCCCGCCGGGUAUUUUUAGGUCCCCGCCGGCCCGGGGCCGCGGGGCGGCAGAGCUUGGCGCGCUCGCCCCGGCGCACGGCUAUUUUUACGGAGUCCGGUCGGGGGAGGAAAUAAAACGGCUCAGCAGAUGCUUUCCCACCCGAAAGCAGGGAGGGAAGCGUGAGGCGACAAGUUUCCCCAGUGCUCUCGGAACUCCCGCGACUCAGAAGGCGGCUCCGACGCGGGAAGCUCUGGGCUCGCAAGCGUUUUGGGGCGCCCCAUCCCCGUGGGAAACCCCGCGCCAGGGGCCGCUCGGACGCGGGGUCUCCCCCCCUUCGCCGCGCGGAGGCCCCGCGCCCCGCGCCCGGUGCGCCAGGGACCGGCCCGCGGCCCCGGGUCACUGCCCCGAACGGCCUUACGAGGCGGCCCGGCGAGGCAUCCGAUCCCCCAGCUACGCGGCCGAGGGGUCCGCCGCGGCCAAGCUUGCGGUCCUCAGGCUCCAGCUUGGGGCUGAGCUUCCCCGAGCCGCGCCGGGCGUCCGGGACGGCGAGAAAACACAUCCCUUCCUCCGCGACCCCUUCCUCCCCGUCCCUGUUCCCGCCACUGAUGCAAGAGCAGCGGGGCCGCCGCCGUCUGGGUAA